UUUUACGUCUAUCAUCAUUCUUCCUUCCAACCUUGCAAAAUGGAUACCCAAGAAUCAUCAACAAGUUUUGUUUCACUAGAAUCACCAACAAUAAUUGAAGGAGCGGAAGUUGACAACAUGGAUCUAUUUUCAUUGUUCCGAGGUUGCGUAUUGGAAGGGAGAUGGGAUUACGUUGUUCCGGCAUAUAAAAACAACAGUGAGUUCCACAAGAUAAAGAUCAACGAAAGCAGAGGCACUGCACUACACGUGGCAGUGAAUGAUGGGAGAAUGGAACUUGUGAACACUCUUGUUGGUGCAAUCAUAGAGCAUGAAGGGAGGGAAGUGUUGAGAGAUGAUAGUGCAUUGAGAUCAACCGAUGAGAGAGGGGACACUCCUUUGCACCUUGCAGCUUCAAGAGGGUUCAUUGGUAUGUGUAAGUGCAUCAUUGGGGAAUUUGGGGAAAGGAAGGAUUUGAUUAAGGUUAUGAACAACAAGGGUGAAUCACCUCUCUUUAGGGCUGUUCUCACAUGCCAAACAAACACCUUUGUGUACCUCUAUCAUGUUUCCAAAGAUUUGGAUGUUCCACUUAGGAACAAUGAUGGGGAUACCAUCCUUCAUGGUGCCAUUUGGAGAGAAUUAUUGGAUUUGGCAAUUAUAAUAACUCAUUGCUACCCUGGACUUGUGGACACGCGAAACAAAGACGGGACCACUCCUCUCAAAGUUCUUGCAUGCAAGCCUUCAGCUUUCAGAAGUGGAACCAAUCUCCAAUGGUGGAAGCAUAUUCUAUAUUAUUGUAUACUUGUAGAACCUCUAGACACUGAUAAAGCAAUAAAAUCCUAUAUGGAGAAAGUUGAUAAACGUCACGAUGACCGUGAACUCAAAGUGAAUAUAGAAAAUGAAGGGAAGAAAGCACAUAAAAUUUUUACUCCACAAAAGUAUGCCCGAGUAAUUCGGUUUGUAAAGAACGCAGUUCGAUUAGCAUUCGAAGGCCUUAGCGUCUCUGGAUUGGGUGUCACUGCAGAGGACUUGAAAGCAAUAAAGAAGAUAAGGCAGAAGCACAAAUGGGGUCGUCAGCUCUUAAAUAUUUUUAUGACAAGACCGUAUGAAUCGUAUAUGGGAAUUAGUGGAGGUCAACCAUUUAUGAGACCUAACGUUGGAGGAAACAAACAGGAUCAACCCUUCAUCACACAACAACAGUUACAAAUGGUGGCUGCAGCUAGCUCAAGGCCAGAAGAACACAGAAGAAUAGAUGAAUCUGCGACAAGAAAAGAGGAAAAGGAGACAACAUUCGUGGGGAUGGCAAAAGCAGGCAUAGUAGAAGUGGUGAACGAGCUUCAAAACAAAGUACCAAGUUCCCUCCACGACAAGGAAAGCUUGGUUGUUGUGGCAAUGAAGAACAUAAAACUACACAAACUGGGAGAAGCACACCACGUUGACAAAAGGGAGACUGCGUUUCUGGCUGCGGCGAAGAACGGCAUCGUGGAGAUCGUGUUCGCUGUUCAGGCCAAAAUACCGAGCGCUGUGCACGAAACCAACUCCAACAACGAAAACGUGUUGCUGGUGGCAGUGAAGAACAGACAAACCAAGGUUGUUGAGGUGCUGAAGAAGCAUUUGGAUAAGGACCUGUUUGCUAGCUUGAUUUUGGAAGUGGAUAACAGGGAGAACACCGUGUUGCACUUGGCAGCAGGUACUUCCGGUAACAGUGAAAGAAGUUGGCAGAUUGCUGGUGCUGCCAUGCAAAUGAUGUGGGAUAUCAAGUGGUUUCAGUACAUGAGAGCCCUAGUCCCGGAGCACUUCACAUUCAGAACCAACAAAGACGACAAAACCGCCGGGGAAAUCUUCAAGCAGAAACACAAAGACCUAGUGAAGGAGAGCUCGGAGUGGUUGAAGGAGACGUCGAACUCCUGCUCGGUGGUGGCAGCGCUGAUCGCCGGCGUCUCCUUCGCCACUUCGAGUACGGUGCCUGGGGGCACCGACAAGGGGAAGCCGGAGCUGGAGGGACAACCGGCGUUCGACGCCUUCGCCAUCGCCUCCCUGAUCGGGCUCUGCUUCUCCGUGACGGCUCUGAUCAUGUUCCUGGCCAUCCUCACUUCCCGGAAACAGGCCCAGGACUUCCGCAAGAGCCUGCCAUUGAAGCUUCUUUUCGGCCUCAGCUCGCUCUUCGUCUCCAUUGCUUCCAUGCUCGUUUCGUUUUGCGCUGCGCAUUUCUUCGUGCUCAAGGACAAGUACAAGAACAUUCUGUUCCCGGUUUACAUCGCUACGUGCUUGCCCGUUACAUUCUACGCGGUGGUGCAGUUUCCUCUCUAUGCUGAUCUGCUUAAGGCCAUUUUCAAGAAGGUGCCGCAACCUAGUAUUACCAGUAGCCAGUUUUAAUUUUAUAAGAGGAUUAUUUUUGCUUUCUGCGUAUUGUAAUAAUCCAAGGAAUUCUCGUAAAUCUCUCA